GCCCCGCGGGAUCAUCAUGGUCCCCCUCAGCAUCCCCAGACCUGUGGGGACCUGCCCUUCUGGUCCCUUGCUGGUCACACUGGGCCAGGGCUGCUCCCCAGUGUCCCCCAGCACCCCAACCCCUGCCAGGAACAAGGCCCCAGAUGUGGCAGCUGAUGAAGAGCUGAGUGCCAGAGUCAUCAGGAAGGGCAGUUUGUCCCCCAGCAGCUCCCGGGGCAGUGCCACCGAGUCCAGCACAUUGCUGCAGGAGCUGAAGGGAACCAUCUCCAAAUCUGUGCAGAGCAAAGUCGACUCCAUCCUGCAAGAUGUCCAGAAGUUCUCAGACAGCGAUAAGCUCUACCUCUACCUCCAGCUGCCAUCAGGGCCGAGCACGGGGGAGAAGAGCAGCAGCCUGGACCUGAGUGCGCUGAGCACAGCUGAGUACAUGCAUGCCUGCAACUGGAUCCGGAACCACCUGGAGGAGCACAUGGACACCUGCCUGCCCAAGCAGGACGUCUAUGACGCCUACAAGCGAUACUGCGACAACCUCUGCUGCCGCCCGCUGAGUGCCGCCAAUUUUGGCAAGAUCAUCCGGGAGAUCUUCCCAAACAUCAAGGCCCGGCGACUGGGAGGCCGAGGACAGUCCAAAUACUGCUACAGUGGGAUCCGGAGGAAGACGGUGGUCAGGCUGCCUCCCCUGCCCAGCCUGGACCUCAAAGUGACUGAGACUCAGCAGGCAGAGCUGACAGAGCUGGUGCAGUCCUACACCAGUGAGGUGAUGGAGGCAGCCUGUGCCCUGACCUGUGACUGGGCUGAGAAGAUCCUCAAACGCUCUUUCAACAACAUUGUGGAGGUAGCCCGGUUCCUCAUCCAGGAGCACAUCAUCAGCUCCCGCUCAGCACAUGCCGAACUGGUCAUGGCCAUGGUGGUCUCAGAGAACACGGAGAAGAUACACACGGACAGUCGGAUCCCAUCAACAGCAAAGAAGAAUGGCCUGGACACCUCUGAGAGUGGUGACAGGAGCCAGGGGCAG